UUCUUGCAAGUCGGAAGAUAAUAGUGAAAAAUGGCCUAAAUCAGUGAUCAAGCUCACCAAAGCACCGAAAACUCUUCUUCAAGAAUUCAAAGAAAGCUUUGAGGAACGUAAAAAGGAAAGUCAUACUUUCAGACAUGAAUCAUGUGCUGCAGAAAUUCGAAAUGCCUCUGGACAUACUUGUCGCUUAAACCAGUCGGCCGUUUCAAAAAUGCUCAAAGAUAUAUGCCAAAUGAGGGAGAGAAGAUUGUUAGAAGAGGACCUGUUGAGACAGCAAUAA